AAAAAAGACGUUCGUCAAAAAAAAACGGAAGUCCCGCCUUAGCGUCCAUUUUUUUUAAAGAUAGGUCUAGCAUUGUAGCAUUCUUUCACUUUGAGGUCAUUUAUUUCUCUAAAACACUUUCAACGAGUGAAAUUGAACACACAAAGCAAGGGAAUGUUUUAUCAUAUAUCACUGGAACAUGAAACGUUACUUCACCCGAGGUAUUUUGGCCCCAACCUUCUUAACACCGUCAAGCAGAAGCUGUUUACUGAGGUGGAGGGGACUUGCACCGGAAAAUACGGUUUUGUCAUCGCAGUCACCACCAUCGACAACAUCGGGGCAGGUGUGAUCCAGCCGGGCAGAGGCUUUGUUUUGUAUCCAGUCAAAUACAAGGCAAUAGUGUUCCGGCCAUUUAAAGGGGAAGUGGUUGACGCGGUCGUGACUCAGGUCAACAAGGUUGGUUUGUUCACAGAAAUUGGACCAAUGUCUUGUUUCAUCUCCCGUCACUCCAUCCCCUCAGAAAUGGAGUUUGAUCCCAACUCUAACCCGCCAUGUUAUAAGACAGUUGAUGAGGAUAUCGUAAUCCAGCAAGAUGAUGAGAUCAGGCUUAAGAUUGUGGGAACGAGAGUGGACAAGAAUGAUAUUUUUGCUAUUGGCUCUCUCAUGGAUGACUAUUUAGGCCUCGUGAGCUGAUCAGCCAUGAAGUAUACAAAUGUUUGUUUUUGUUUUUUUAUCAAAACCCCUUUAUUUUUUUAAAUUACAGUUUGUAGACUCUUAAAGUGUGUUUCAUCUAACUAAACAGUGACUUUUUAGGGGGUUUUGAGUGGGGAACUACCUUCCAUUUACACCUUACUUUAUUAUAGUUUGCAUCUACAUGUUAACUUGGUAUUCUAUUUUUUUGUAUGUCACGAUCAUAAUAAAAUGUUUUU